AUGACCGAAGUAACUUGGAAGGAGCUGUCCCAGGUUGCUGUCCUGGGUGCUCAAUAUGACUCCCCUGAACGCCAGCCCCAUCCAAAAUGUUUGGAAGGGACCCGAGUGAACCUUCGCACAUUCAUCCGUGAAUUGUUGGACAAGCGAGAGACAAGUCAGAUCAUUUGGUUGCAUGGCACUGCGGGCGUCGGAAAAUCUGCCGUGGCAUUUACUGUGGCCGAGGAGAUGAAAGGUCUGAUGAUGACGGAGACGACGACAAUCGAAACAAGGCUUGCGGGAACAUUCUUUUUCUCGCGCAAUCACACCCAGCGCAGCACAGCUGGUCAUUUCUUUGUGACCCUUGCUUACCAACUUGGGAUCAAUUUCCCCAGCGUCAAGACCGACGUGAGCAGAGCUAUCCGCGAGAAUCCUGCGGUUCUAGGCUCCAGUCAGUCUCUUCGCGCACAGAUGAUUGCGUUAUUUCGCCAACCUCUCCGGCACCUGCAAUAUCGUCUGCGCGAGUUUCCGCCUCCGGUGCUUGUUGUUGAUGCCCUCGAUGAAUGCCAACCUGAAACGGUCGCCGAUCUGAUUUCCCUCCUCGGGGAGGCUCUUCGUGAUCCUGAACUCCCCGUGUUCCACAUUCUGCUCACGAGUCGCUUGGAGGAGCACAUCCGUAAAGCCAUUCAAAAAGAAGAGAUGCGCACACUGGUGUACGAGAUACCGGUGAACACUUCUGGGGAGGGCGUUGCUGGCACUAUUUCAUUAGACGGCGAAGAUGUGGAUAAUGACAUCUGUACAUUCUUUCAGCAUUCCUUCAUGGAGUUGCGAAAUCGCCAUCCUGAUUUCCCUCAGCCCACUGCGGAUAAACUUGCGCGGCUGGCGAACCGAGCUGGCAGACGUUUCAUCGUGGCAUCUACAAUGAUGAAGUUCGUAGAUGACGGAUACAACGACCCCCGAGAUCGCCUUGAGCUCAUGCUCGAGCUGACCAAUGAACUGCUACCUGGGACAGAAGUAUAUGAGCUAUACAAUCGCAUCCUCUCCACCUGUUCGAACCCCAAUCGGGCAUACCAGCACUUGUCUAUUGUUGCUGCCCUCGCAGACCCUCUGCCAAUCUCACAGAUUUCGAAGCUCCUUGGUCCUGGUCAAGGCAGCGAUGCAGAGACCACGCUGAAACAGCUACGUUCUUUCAUCGGUAUCCCCACUGACAGCAGCGAUCUCGUGAAAAUCCACCACCCGUCCAUUCGAGACUAUGCUUCAGACUCCUCGAACUGCCGCCUCCCUGGAUUACAACCCAUCUUACCACAUUCCCUGCUCGCUUAUUCAUCUUUCCGCUUGAUGAUUCAAGACAUUCCAGCACGCACUGCUCUCAUGAACGCGCUCCUAGAAUUGAAAUCGCAGAAUCAGGCUAUGCAACCCCAUGACCCCCGGAACUUGCAACAGUCAUUAGCCUUCAUCGUUGAGCCACCAGAGCCGCUGACGGUUCUCAUGGGACUAUUAUGGCUUCGGGGAGCUCGCGGGUCGGGUUUGCGGUCCUGGCUAGGGACUCUGGACGGACAGACACACAGCGGGAGGGAGUGGCUGGAGACGCUUAGCGGGAGGGAGUGGCUGAAGACGCUUAGCGGGAGGGAGUGGCUGGAGACGCUCAGUGGGAGGGAGUGGCUGGAAACGCCCAGCGGGAAGGAGUGGCUGGAGACACCCAGCGGAAGGGAGUGGCUGGAGACACCCAGCGGGAAGGAGUGGCUGAAGAUGCCUAGUGGGAAGGAGUGGCUGAAGACGCCUAGCGGGAGGGAGUGGCUGGAGACACCCAGCGGGAGGGAGUGGCUGAAGACGCUUAGAGGGAGGGAGUGGCUGAAGACGCCCAGCGGGAGGAGGUGGUCGGAGAUACAGGAGUGGCUGGAGACACGCAGGGGGAGGACGUGGCCGGAGACAUACAUCGCGAAAGAGUGGCCGGAGACAUCCAGCGGGAGGGAGCGGCUGGAGACACCCAACGGGAGGAGGUGGUUAGACACACCGAGCGGGAGGGAGUGGCUGGAGACACCCACUGGGAGGGAGUGGUUGGAGACACCGAGCGGGAGGGAGUGGCUAGAAACCCCAAAGGCGAGGGAGUGGCUGAAAACACCGAAUGGGAGGGAGUGGCUGCAAACACCAAACGCGAGGGAGUGGCUGAAAACACCGAACGCGAGGGAGUGGCUGAAAACACUGAAUGGGAAGGAGUGGCUGCAAACACCAAACGCGAGGGAGUGGCUGAAAACACCGAAUGGGAGGGAGUGGCUGCAAACAUCAAACGCGAGGGAGUGGCUGAAAACACCCAGCGCGAGGGAGUGGCUGAAAACACCGAAUGGGAGGGAGUGGUUGGAGACAUCGAGCGGAAGGGAGUGGCUGCAAACACCGAACGCGAAGCAGUGGCUGAAAACACCGAAUGGGAGGGAGUGGGUGCAAACACCAAACGCGAGGGAGUGGCUGCAAACACCAAACGCAAGGGAGUGGCUGAAAACACCGAAUGGGAGGGAGUGGCUGCAAACACCCAGCGGGAGGGAGUGGCCGGAGACACCCAGCGGGAGGGAGUGGCUGAAAACACCAAACGCGAGGGAGUGGCUGAAAACACCGAAUGGGAGGGAGUGGCUGCAAACAUCCAAUGCGAGGGAGUGGCUGCGAACACUGAAUGGGAGGGAGUGGCUGAAAAUACUGAACGGGAGGGAGUGGCUGGAGACACCGGGCGGGGGGGAGUGGUUGGAGACACCGAGCGGGAGGGAGUGGCUGCAAACACUAGACGCGAGGGAGUGGCUUAAAACGGGACACGGGAUGGUGUGGCUGGAAACACCAAGCGCGAGGGAGUGGCUGAAAACACAGCAUGGGAUGGCGUGGCUGGAGACACAAAGUGCGAUUGAGUGGCUUGAGACACAGAAUGGGUACGACCGCCUACAGAUCCUAAAUGAACUGCAGACUCCAAUCAGGCGUGCAUGGCUGGACACCUUUUGCGGGCGAGAAUGGCUCCUAACCCAGAGUGGGCGAGAGUGGUUGCUGAUUCACAGCGCGCAAGAGUGGUUCCUGACCCUAGGAGGGCAAAAAUGGCUGGGUACUUUGGACGGACGAGAGUGGCUGCGGACCCCAGAAUUUCGAAUGUCAAAUAUUGGAUGCUGGCGCGAAAUUCAAUGA